AUUUUUUUCAAUCACUCUCAAUCUCUCACACCCUACGAUAUUAUUUUAGGGGCUAUUGAUAAAUUUAAUAACAUCAUUAAAAGUAGAUUUGAAUCCCAACAUUCUAUCAAUAUAUAAGCCUAUGUGACCAAAAAACGCUUGAGAGAUCGGCAAAAUAUUACGAGUGUAUACCUCUAAUGUUGGGUAGUGGCAUCUCGACAGGGAUAUUAAUCUAGGUUAACUAAUCGUAUCAAGAGAAUGUCAACUAGCAAAGUUCUAAACAUCACUCUUCUCAAAUUUUAUCAGUUUGCCGAAUCUUAUUUUGGGAUAUUGCAGUAGAAAGGAUAUCGUACCCCUUCACCCAUUAUCACGAUUACAUUUUGUACAGCGGGGAUAUCUACCUACUAGGUGCCUGGGGAUUUAUAUCAGAAUGGCGUCUCCGCGAGAGUUCAAAUUCACGUCUGGUGGCAAAGAAUAUAUCGACAAGACUAUUAAAAUAUUGACUCCCGCCUUCCAUCAAGAUCCGGUCUUUGCGUGGCUCUUGCAUAAGUGCCCCAUACCCAAACUGCUUUCAAGGCUUUUCCGAGCUUUAUUCAAACAAGCUUCGCUCAAUAAGGCGAUACUAGUCGAGGUAGACGACUUUUCUUGUUGCGGUAUUCUCAUACCGCCGGGGGCGAGACUUGACAACCCAUGGACUAUGUUGAGAGCUGGAUUAAUACCAGCUCUCGUCUAUCUUGGCCCGGGACCUCUAAAGCGAGCUAUUUUUGAUUACCAAGAAAGCAUCCAGUUCCCGAUAGAAAAGGUCUUCACUGUGGAAGAGCUAAAGAAUCACUGGUAUGUGUUCAUCAUGGGAACAUCGGUGGACCACCGUCGACAAGGCUUCGCAAGCGCGUUACUUGCGCACAUGCAAGAACGUGCUAAAAGUGAUGGGCGACCUAUUUGGCUUGAGGCUACUACGGUUCAGUCGCGGGCUCUAUAUUUGAAGCACGGGUUCGAAGCCGUUGGUGAAGUGGUUCUAGGAAUAGGCAAAGUUGGUCCUGACGGCAUGCCAAAGAAGAGUGGGAAAGGGGUUUCGAUUUGGCCUAUGUUCUGGCGACCUUGAAGUGAUAAGGGAUCUGAGUGACUACUAGACAGGUGCCUGUUAUUAUCACUGACAUACAGCGUGAGCCGUUAUGAUGAGUGUUGCUGGCUAUCAAUCGGCUUGUUAAUAGAUUAUGAGUCAUGUACCGAAGACUCGUGCUUUUGAGGAUAGCAGCAUGGACGAGUAGUCGUUGAUCAUGUGGUAGAUAUACCUACCUGAUAGAAAUGUCGUGCUGGAGAGAGUGACACGGAUAUAAUUACUUACCUACUUAGUAGGUAGCUACUCAGCCCAAGAUCUAUAUUAGUAGAAUUUGCCUCGUAGUGGGAACAUACUAAAUGUCAUGUUUAUCUCCUUAACUAGGAGACUGAUAUAUGCCUAGUAGUUUAAGCUUGUAUAUAAAAACGAACAUGUGACGAAUACUUCUAGUAACCACAGUAUGCCUAAGCUGAAGAGCUAAGAUCCACCCAGCCCUACAAUUCUUCAAUUCUUCAACAGGUAGAUACUAGGUUGAUCG